CUACUCUGCAAUGACAACAUCAAAUCCAACACCUCAUGUUUACCAAGAAUUAGAUAUCCAUCGCACUAUCUCUGAAAGUGUUGAAGAUUUAAAUAUUCGUGAAGAUAUUGAUGAAUUAGAAAUAUAUGAACAUAUAAGAAGAAUUAAAGACCCAGAACAUCCAUCUGUCACUUUAGAACAAUUAAAAGUAAUAAGUCCUGAUCUAAUUAGUGUUGAUGAUAAAGGAAAUCAUAUUAUUGUCAAAUUUACACCAACAGUAGAUAACUGUACAAUGGCAACUUUGAUUGGUUUGGCUAUUCGGACUAAGUUAAUGAGAAUUCUUCCACCACGUAUUAAAUUAGACAUUUAUUUAACAGAAGGAACACAUCAAACUGAAGAAGAUGUUAAUAAACAAUUAAAUGAUAAAGAAAGAAUAGCAGCAGCACUUGAAAAACAAACAUUACUUCAGUUAGUUAAUAAAUGUCUUGUUUAA